GGGAGGAGAAGGCUGGAUCAGGAGGCUGCUGCCCAGGGACCAGAGGGGCGCCACACCUCGGGAUCUGGGCCUGUGCUGCAGGCUCACCUGCCUCUCCCUUCCCAGAAUCAGCAGAGGAACAACCAGAGCAGACUGCGGUGUUCCUCGAGGCGACAACAGGAGGAGAAGGCGGACAGGAGCAGGGCUCACGCAGGGCUGAGCAGGGACUAGUGCCCUCGUGGCUCUGGGCCUGUUCUGCAAAGUCCCCACACUCUUCUUUCUCCCACAGAAAGAGAGGACUAGCACCUGGAGGAGACCGUGGCAUUUCUGGACAGGGACUCACCGCUGACAGCUGCCAUGUCUUACAGCAAGCAGGAGGGCCCUGAUGCCAGGGAGCCAGCCUGCAUGCUGUGCUGCCGUGCAGAGGCUGACCCAAACAUCUGCGGUGACAAACUGGAGAAGCGUGGGCUCUGUGCCCACGUGUUCUGCCUGUUCUUUGCCACUCUACUUGUUCGUCAAGAGAACAAUCGUGUUGGACUCAUGGGAUUUCUUCCUAGAGAUAUCCAAAUUGCAGUCCGGCGGGCGGCACAAAAGCGCUGCUGUGUCUGUGGCCAGAGCAAGGCAACCAUCAUGUGUUGCAAGGCAGACUGUAGCAGAUGGUUCCACCUGCCCUGUGCCAAGGAGGGUGGCUGUGUCACACAGUAUAUUCCAGAUUACAGCACCUACUGCCCUGAGCACCGUCCAGAGCAAGAGGUGGAGGCGACUCCAGAGCCGGGCACCAAUUGCCUCAUCUGCAUGGAGCCUGUGGAGGAUAGAAAGACCUUCAGAACCCUGGUGUGCCCAGCGUGCAAAAGGGCCUGGUUCCACAGGGACUGCAUCCAGGGACAGGCCAUGUGCGCUGGUCUUUUAUCCCUCCGCUGCCCCCUGUGCAGGGACAUUGAAAAAUUUCUUGUACAAAUGUUCAUCAUAGGGAUCCGAAUUCCCUUCAGAGAGCCAACAUGGGAGGACAAUGAUGCUUUCGCGGAUCUAGGAGAGAGGCACAGCAGCUGUACUGCCAGGGAUUGCCUUUACCCAGGAGGCAGGGAGGAGGCAGAGGAAGAGGGGUCCUGGGAACUGCUCCUGUGCUCCUCCUGCGCUGCUGAGGGCACCCACAGGCGCUGCUCUGGCCUGACAAACCACAUAGAGAGCUGGGAGUGUGACAGCUGUGCUGGUCUCGGAACGGCUUCCAGGGAUGAGUCAGAGCUCAGUGGCCCCAGCCUGACCAGACAGUCAGGACUGGAGCCUGCUCAUGGCUCCUCAGCAUCUGAGGCCAUCAGCCCCAGCUCCAGCACCCUGGUGCCAUCGGGGCUGGAUCCCCAGUCUCUGUCUGCAGAGCCCAGCAGCCACCAACACACAGCAUGGCAGCAGUCUCUGCUGUCUUCUUCACCGGACACCAGCAGCCCCAGCACAUCAAGGUCAACAUACUGCAGCUCUGACCCUGAGGACAGGGUCCAUUCCAGACAUGCUGGGCGCGACUGCAGGCGAACGUGCUCUCGCCAGCAAGGUCGGAACGCAGAUGGACCCAUCCGAUCAAGGAGUCGCUGUGACAGGAGCAGCAGGACAAGAUCAAGGACUGAGAGGCCCAGGCGACAGGAGACGUCGUCACGGGCAUCCCCCAGACGCAGCUGCUCCCACCAGCAAGGUCAGGCCCAGAGUCCACCUGUCCGGUCCAGGAGUCGCCGUGACAGGAGCAGCAGGACAAGAUCAAGGACUGAGAGGCCCAGGCGAUGGGAGACGUCAUCACGGGCAUCCCCCAGACACAGCCGCUCCUGCCAGCAAGGUCAGGCCCAGAGUCCGCCUGUCCGGUCAAGGAGUCGCCGUGACAGGAGCAGCAGGACAAGAUCAAGGACUGAGAGGCCCAGGCGAUGGGAGACGUCAUCACGGGCAUCCCCCAGACACAGCCGCUCCCGCCAGCAAGGUCAGGCCCAGAGUCCACCUGUCCGGUCCAGGAGUCGCCGUGACAGAAGCAGCAGGACAAGAUCAAGGACUGAGAGGCCCAGGCGACGGGAGACGUCGUCACGGGCAUCCCCCAGACACAGCCACUCCCGCCAGCAAGGUCAGGCCCAGAGUCCACCUGUCCGGUCAAGGAGUCGCCGUGACAGAAGCAGCAGGACAAGAUCAAGGACUGAGAGGCCCAGGCGACGGGAGACGUCGUCACGGGCAUCCCCCAGACACAGCCACUCCCGCCAGCAAGGUCAGGCCCAGAGUCCACCUGUCCGGUCCAGGUGUCGCCGUGACAGGAGCAGCAGGACAAGAUCAAGGACUGAGAGGCCCAGGUGACGGGAGACGUCAUCACGGGCAUCCCCCAGACGCAGCCGCUCCCACCUGCAGCACUGGGCCUCAAAUCAACCUGUCCUGUCCAG